AAAUAAUGACAGUACAAGCAACAACAACAAUACGAACCGUUUUGGUGCUCGGAAAUCACAUCCUCCUCCUCCCCCCCACCUCUCUGGUUUUGGUGAAACGCUGACCGAGCGCCACUGCUGGCUCUGUUCUCUGGAAUCACAGAGCAUCACAGAAAGAAGAAAAUGGCGAAGAAGAAGAAAGAAGGAAGCUUUUGGAUAUGGGUAACAGCAUCGAUCAUCUUCAGGCUCAUUCUCAUAUAUUUCCCAAGCAAUCUCAAUCUCUCUUCUCGCCCUGAAGUCUCUACUCCUCUCACAAGCCUUCGUCGCCUGGCUGAAGGGUACUGGUUAAAGCAGUCAUCAGUGUCUCCUUAUGCAGGAUCUAUGUACCACGGUUCUCCUUUAUUGCUAGCUGUUCUUGGGCCACUCACAAUCAAAAGCAUUGAAGGGCAGCCCAACAAUCUUUUAUACAGUUUGGUAUUUGUGAUUGCAGAUUUUAUAAAUGCAUUACUUAUUCGAGCUAUUGGGCAGAAGCUUCAAAUUACAUAUAGCAGGAGCUUGAAAUCACUAGAUCUUGAUACAGUUUCAAAAAGCUCAGCAUUUAUGUUGGUUGCAGCAGCUCUUCCCUCUCGAGAUAUUGCUGCCCUCAUUUACUUGUGGAAUCCAUUCACAAUAGUUGCGUGUGUCGGCUUGUCAACAUCCCCAAUUGAAAACCUCGCAAUCUUGUUGUCCAUUUAUGGAGCAUGUUCAAGAAUAGUUCCACUGGCAGCUUUUGGCUGGGUCAUGGCAACACAUCUGUCUCUUUACCCAGUGAUUCUAAUUGUUCCAGUGAUUCUUUUAUUAGGAUAUGGUACAGAUACUCCGCCUAGAAAGUUGUUGCUACAAAGGAGAGGUGGUAAACUUGAAGAUAACCCCUCAAAUGAUAGUGAUUUUCAUCAAGGGCAAGCAAUGAAAGAACCAGAACUAGCCAUUGUGUUCUCUUGGAGACCCGUCAAUCUUUUCUUAUUGUGGAUUAUUAUAUGGUCACUCUAUGUUUUAGUUCUAUGUGGCAUAUAUGUUAAACAGUAUGGUGGUCUUAAUGAGAUGUUUAAAAGCACGUAUGGGUUCAUCCUCACCAUGCAAGAUUUAUCUCCAAAUAUAGGUGUAUUAUGGUACUUCUUUGCAGAAGUUUUUGAUUUUUUCAGAAAUUUUUUUCUGAUUGUCUUCCACUUGAAUAUUAUAUUUAUGAUAUUCCCAUUGGCUAUACGGCUGAACCACCGCCCUUGCUUUCUCGCAUUUGUGUACAUCACAAUCUCUUCAAUGCUCAAGUCUUAUCCUUCUGUGGGAGAUUCAGCUCUAUCAUUGGGUUUGUUAGGAUUGUUUGUUAAUGAACUAGCAGAAAUGCAGUUCUCCUUCUUCAUCUUCUGUGUUUAUGUUGGGGUUUCCCUCCUUAGCCCUGUGAUGCACAACCUAUGGAUAUGGAGGGGAACUGGAAAUGCAAAUUUCUACUAUGCAACCGCCAUGGCUUACGCCUGCUUGCAGAUUAUUUUGGUGGUUGAGAGUGUAAGUGCAAUGCUCAAUCAUGAUAGGAAGCUAAGAAAGCUCUCUUCUGCAAAGCUUCAGAACGUCAAAUCUUGAGGACUUUGUGCAGCCAUACAAGUUUGCUCUGAUUAUUUUGGCUACGCUUAAUUGUUAAAAGUUCUACAGCUCCAAAUACGCAGUUAUGUGCUGCCUAUGGCAUUCUCUGACUAAAACACUCACAGUCGUUCAAGUUUGAAAGCCAUUAUACGGUUGUUUGGAAGGUCUACAUUCUCUGAAAUUCUUUCUCGAUCAGCCGUUGGCUCUGCUUUCUCAAUCAGCUUUUGGCAAAACUUUUUUAAGUUAAAAUUCAGAGAAUCUGUAAUGACUAGUUAACUAACUGUGCCUCAGUAUUUUUCGUUGCAACUCAGUAUACUGGUCUAGAGAGGGAGUGACAGUGAGAAGAGAGAGAGAACCGAGUAAAUAUUGUAGUACACUGGAUGUCAGAUUUAUAGCAAAGAUGAUUGAUACAGUUUUCCAUUUC